UUGCGCGCACCACUUUUCUACGCCACGAGCUAACAUAACCUCUUUUUCGGGUGUGCGAAUUAACAUGGAGCAUCGAGUAACCGUUUGGUAUUCCUGAAGCGAUGUUCUCCAUUGUUCGACGAAUGUUCCACAAAAUCGCGCUCACUCAUUAGGGAAGAAGUCACCACGAGAGAAGGAAGUUACGAUUUUCCGAAUUUUCCCAAAGUACCGACGUUCACGCUACCCAAUGUCUCAUGUUUAUUGGCAAUCGUUAAGAGAGUGGUUCCCUCCAAUGUAUAAAUUUGACAAAUUCAACAGCGCCUAUGCAUAUUUAAGAUUCAAGGUAGCUUGGUGAAGAUUUCUCGUGAUACGAAUCGAUGGUAGGAGACGGUCCAUGAUGUCAGACGAGUUGACUCAAGCGAUACAGCGGUGCUGUUCUAUGAGCGAUCUUAUUAAAUUAACAAAAGUCAAUAUAUACAAUAAGACCCCUUCUGGAGUCUGCAAGAAGUUACCAUCCGUUAAGGAUAGAGGAGAGAAAGCAAAGAAAGCUGGAGAACGUAAAAAGGCGUAUGUCCUCUUUAAGAGAUGGUUAAACACUGUUGAGUGGUUAAAAAAAACAAGGGAGUAUAAAGAAAAUGAAAAACUUUAUACGGCGUACGUACCAAAUACUCAGAUCAAUGAAGUGAAAAGGAUGGUGGAAGAAUUGAGCCAAACCCUUGAAGCACAUUAUGAAACAGAGAUUACAAUGAAGAAGGUAGCAGGGAUGACAACCGCUGUAGACACGAUGCAAAUAGAUCCGGAACCUAUAAAAUCUCAUAAUGGUACCAUAGAUUUGACAGCAAACAAUUUGGCUUUGGUAUUGCCUGAAACACCAACUGACGAUCCAUCAAUGGAAGAAGAAUCAAUAACAUGUGUUCAGCUGUUUCACCUGAUGCAAAUGUGCAGUAGAUUCCUAGUAAUUGACAUCAGGCCCCAGCGUGACUUUCAGGCAUCAAAAUUGACAUGUGAAGCAUGUAUAAACAUUCCUGCUGAUCAAAUACAAUUAGGGGUCCUCGCAUCGUCUUUUGAGAAAUAUUUUCAAAAUGACAAACGUUCCUUACAACUGUUCAAGAACCGAGGGAAGGACUACAUCGAUACAGUUAUUCUCAUGGACUGGAAUACAACGCAUGUAUCGCUAACUCCUAAAAACCCUCUAAAUACCUUGAAAGAAAUUCUGAAACUCUGGGACCCUUCAGUAACGUACAAAAAGAUAGUUAUCUUAGAUGGCGGCUUUUCGGAAUGGUUAAAUUGUUACCCACCCUUUGUUUCAAAUCCAAACGUGCAACCACCUAGGUUGCAUGAGAAUGCAAUGGAUGAAAUUUUAGAAGAAGUUGAAUAUCCCAUUUGGAUGACAGUUGAAAACGAUUCUAACAGUAUUAGAAUGAAAACAAAUCCAAUACCACCAAGAACAUUAAAACCAGUGAAUGCUGAUAAGAAACAGCCAGUGAUGAAUAUUCUUUCGGAUAACCGAAGUACAGAUGAACAACAGUCCUUGUAUAACACUUAUAAUUCAUACAUCAGUGCCAACAAUUAUGAUAAAACAUCUAAUUCCAUCCCAAUUGGUCCUAGAACAGUUUCUGCAGAUAUUGUUUCUUCUAACAAAAACGAAAAAUCAGUCUUUGAAAAUCCUGAAAAUGGAGAUAUUGACAUGGUUCAACGAGAUAAAGAUGACUCAUUAAAUCGUACCAACAAGGCAGUGUCUAAAUCCUUUAUUUCCGACAGUGUUCCAAAGCCAUUUAUAGAUCGAAGUAAUAAGCCAAACAUAAAAGGAAGCACCGUAGACUCGAAAUCUGUACUAAUGUUAAUGAAACAAUUAAAUGAAGUAACAAAAUGCCUGGAAAAGUUUGAAAAGGAAAUGUUAAUAACAGAAACUGAAUUGUGCUGUAAUGAAGAAAAUAAGGAUCCAAACAAAGAACAAAGGAUUCGUGAUCGUAUAAAGUCACUAAACGUUGAUUUAGAAGAAAUGAAAAAACGAAGUACCGAAAUCAAGGAAAAUUUAGCCGAAUACAAGAAAAUCGACGUAACAUUAAGUCCUACCGAAGCCAAGGAAAAGGAUAAGUUAGACCUUAGUAUCGGAUCCGCGGAGCAGCAGAUCAAGACCAUUUUCAUAGAACGAAAGAAGCUGUAUAAUCAAUUAGAGGAAAAGGAGAGAAUGAAAGUAUCGAGCAUGCAGAAGCAGAACGAAAGUGAUAUUUACAAGGAGCCCCUGAAAACUGAUGGUCCGUCAACUACUUCUGGUUUAAAGCGAUCACAUUCUAGUCCAAAUCUUGCACAGUUAGACAUCCGAAAGGCACCUCAGGUGGAUCGAUCUUCAAAGCCGCAGCUACAAAGAAACCAAAACGAUAUCCACGACAAUACCAACAUCAAACAUUCCCAACAAAGCUGGAGAGAUCGCCAGCAAAGGAUGGAUCCCAUUUUUCAGAGUGGCCCAACGCACCCAGGUAUCACGGGCCUGAAAAAUCUCGGGAAUUCCUGUUACAUGAACAGCAUAAUUCAGUGUCUAAGCAACACUGCCAGUUUGGCAGAGUAUUUCAACGACAACAUGUACGUUGACGAUCUUAAUACGAGCAACGACAACGGAACGCACGGCCAGGUUGCCGAAGAGGUAGCCCAGGUGAUCAAGGCGUUGUGGAGAGGACAAUACAAAAGUAUAUCACCUAGAGAUCUUAAGGGUGUCAUCGGCCAGUACAAGCUGCAAUUCGACGGGUACGAACAACAAGACUCCCAUGAGUUCCUAACUUUUCUGUUAGACUGGAUGCAUAAUGACCUCAAGAGGAAAGUCGUGGCUCGAGUCGACGGUCCCUUGAGCAUAGCGGAGAAAGAAUGGGACAAGGCCAUGGGUGGACAACAGUCCAUCAUUUCUCAGCUGUUCUUCGGGCAACUAAGGUCGAGCAUUUUUUGCGCCACCUGCGGAAACAGUAGCACCACUUACGAGACGUUCAACAGUUUGACGAUGUCUCUGCCUUCGAUACGAUGCAACCUGGACGGCUGCAUAAAGAAAUUCCUCAGCGAGCAGAAGGUCUCGGGCUGGAAGUGUCCCAAUUGCAAGAUGGCUCGCGAAGCCACUAAGAAGUUCGACUUCGUCAAAUUGGCCCCGAUUCUCGUGAUUCAUCUGAAUCGAUUCGGCGAGAGCGACGGCUGGCUGGAGAAGAGAAACACCGCGGUGGACUUCCCCUUUACGAAUUUUAACCUUAAGCCGUACCUGGUUGCGGACAACGACGCGAGACCGGCUCCUCCGGCGCAUCACUACAAUUACAGCUUGUACGCCAUGUCGAACCACUAUGGGACGAUGCAAAGCGGUCACUACACGGCGUUCUGUAAAAGUGCUGCUCAGAACAAGUGGUACAAGUACGACGACCAGACGGUCACCGAGGCCUCGCCGACCCUCGUCAAGUCUCAGAAGACCAGUGCCUAUCUGCUUUUCUACACCUCCUAUCCGAACGACCGACUGACGUUCAUUUAGCGAGCCGAUCCUCGAAGGUGCCGCCGUAGCUUUAUUCAAGAAGUUACGGUCAAAGUGACGGAACGACAGAGUGGCCAGUGGUGGUACGCGCGAUGUCCACCAAGUGCACGGUGCACCGUGGACGGGACGAUAUCGGAGGUGCUUACGAACCUUGUACAUAUGUAAAUACUUGCCGAACGUCACAGGAACCACGUAGCUCCCCUUCGGGAGCAGGCUUCCUCUCGCGGCCAGAAUCGCCUUCUUAUAUAUUUCCUCUUCUCUCCCUCCACUCGAGCCGACGCGAUAUCGUUUUUAAAGUAACCUUUGGGAAUCGCGUCUACGUGGUUACUCGAUGGAAUUUAACCAUCGGUCUUUUGCCUCCGAAGGGGAGAAGAACGAGGAUGCCUCUUCGAGUCGGAGUUCGGCUGGAAUGGCCAUACCAUCUCGACGUUUAACGUUUACCUUCCCUCCGCCGUUCCUAUCGAUAUUAAUCCUAAUAUUAAACGAUCGAGGAGAUUGUGACGCGCCAGGUAACGCGGCAUACCGGCAACAAAAUAAAGCAUAGAAUUUGAAAUUUUUCCAA